AUGGCCUCAACAGCUUCCAGCGCGCCGCGCGCCUCCGGCCCAACAGGCAUCACAAGAGCCUACCUGUUCCUGUAUAAUCUCGUGAAUUUCCUCACCUGGGGCUACACCGUCGUCUACACAGCCUCCUGGAUCCCUGGUAAUGCAAACAAAAGGGACCUGGGAACCGUCUUCAAUCAUGCAUGGGAAGUGGUCUGGUACACCCAGCUAAUCGCUGGCCUGGAGAUCGUCCACAGCCUCCUUGGAAUCGUGCGCGCCCCAUUCUUCACCACCGCCAUGCAGGUCGCCAGCCGCUUGCUUGUCACCAUGGGUAUCCUGCAGCAAUUCGGACCCCAGAACCUCUGCGGCAAAUCGACCGCCCAAAUCGGCGACUUCGCGUACAUUGGAUGUGUUUUUGCGUGGGGAAUUACCGAGAUCAUUCGCUAUGGAUACUUUGUCAUCACCUCUAUCUGGGUCCCAAGUCCCUAA